AUUUUAUGGGGAAUAUGGAAGCAUCGUAAUGAACUGUUAUAUGGUGGGAAACAAGGUGAUUUGAAUGCUCUCGUAGGUCAUGCUUUGGAAGAAGCUGAGGUGUGGAAUAAGUUAUGGGACGUACAAACAUUAUCUAAUACUACUAAUAACCAGCCUUUAAGACGUGAAAACAGAUGGACUAAGCCUCCAAUUGAUAUGCUUAAGUGCAAUGUCCACGUUUCAUGGGUAAAUGAUACUCUUAUGUGUGGUGGAGCUUGGAUUAUCAGGAAUAGCCAAGGAGAUGCAGUCUUUCAUGCGAGGGAAAUGUUUUUACAAGCCUCGAACCGCAUUGCUGCAGAAUUGAGAGGGAUUCUAUGGAUGUUACACAGCCUACAUGAUUUGCAUUUGGAUAACAUUGAGGUUUGGUCUGAUUGUAGUGCUGCAAUUGAAGCUAUUAUUGAUUCCUCCAAUUGGCCACGGUAUCAUUCUUAUUUGGACAGAAUUCAUCGGUUGCUUCCUAAUUUUGGCAAAGUAGUUUUCAAAACUUCAUCGCAAAAAGCGAAUGCGGUAGCCAGAGACAUUGCCAUGAGUGUUACGAGAGAUGGAAGAUUUCGUUCAUACUUAGCUCGUGGAGGCCCUUCGUGGUUACUUUCGCGAAUUGAAUCAGAAAAGGGACGAUGAAAUUGC